AUGGCCCUCGAGAAAGUACGUUACGAAAGAAUAGAGGCAAGCCAAGACCCUAACCACUAUGAGAUUAAUGUUCGUGGAUAUCCCUUCAAAAACUAUUUCAAGGAAGAGCUUGCAGAUAUCCAAAAUUCACAACCGCAACAUUUGAGUUCCACUGGAGCCUUAGCCGUCGCGCAACCGCUUUGCAUUCUCUACCACCCAUCAGAACCAAAGGUUGGAUUUGCUGUUGAGGAGUCAAAAAAGUCAAAUACAGAUGAGUUCCUCCUUGAAGUCCAAGAAGCCAUAAUCAAUUUUGCAAACACAAGCAAUCUCACUAACAUACACACAAAAGAUGGAGACAGUGGAUGUCAUAUGUGUUUGAUUCUCGAUGGAAAGGCACAUGGUUAGUUCCAGUUUUUAUGAAUAGUUUUAACGAACCUGAGCACAUGAGGUUCUUUGUAAUGUCCUUCUCUUUCUUCUUUCCUUUCACUUACGUUAAAUUUAAGAGCUUCGCGCAAUGACCACUGAAAGUGACACGAUUGAAUUUAAUGUAAUGUUUGGCUUUCGCUUUUCUUUUUUUUUUUGAGACUACGAGAGGGCAGAUGCUAAUGAGGCAAAUAUUAAUUUUUUUCUUUUAGUUUGUUCUUUUGGACCCGUCAUUAUUAUAAGCGUUUGGCGCUCCAAAUAAUCGAAUUGAUCAUUUACUUUAAAGCUCAAAAGGGUGGAACUUAUGUAGUUUAAUUUUUUGACCACUAACUAACAGUAUAAGACAGUGUGGACUUUGAAUAAUAUCUCUAAACAAGGUUAUGUUAUUUUAGACCUGUGGAAGUUAUGUUAUCUCUCACCCUAGCUGAAGAGGUGGAUUUCACGUUCAAUUCAGAUUCAACAACGUUUACCACUAACGUUGAAUGGCCUAUUUGAACAUUCGACAUGAGUUAACAUAACAUAAUGAUUCACAUGUCUUAUAUUAAACAGAAACCCUGAACAUUUAAUGAUCAGCAAAUAUAUAUAACAGGGGUACCUUAACCUAAAUACCGAAUGUUUCCAAAUACGCAAGAAGUGUCUGCAUGGGUGGGGGGGGGGGGGGUGAAUCUCUCUGCUUUAGAAGCCUGUUUGGUUAAUGGGGAGCUGCCCUAAAAGUCAUGUAUUUAUCUGUUCGGAUGUCUUAGGCGAACUCUGGUCAUCUCAAAAGUUUGAGAUGGCUUUCUCGUCUCAUACGAAACUGUUAACUACCCUGAUGGGUUCAGUCGAAAGUUCAAGCACAUGGUGUGGCCGUAAUGUACCCUACUUAACGAAAUUCUAUGGACCGCUUGUCUGUGUACCGAAAUUUCAAGGAGAAAUUUUUUAACAGUAAUUACAGUAUCUUGAUAAUUAAAUAUGAAAAACACAAGCUCCGAAAAUCGUAGGAAAAUGAGUAGCAAAAACUCCAAAUUUGUUAGACAAAUGAAACGGUUAUCCAGAAGUCAGUUUAUAGCCUUUCUCGUCUUUCAGAUAUUUCUACGCAACACGGUAUCUGCUUUUUCAAACAGGUCAGAUCAGUUUUACAGAAAAAAGCCAUUGUGUGAAAUAUGACCAAAUUUGAACCUUAAGCUUGAUGGAGAUGUAAUAGUGAAUUUUGAGCCUGUUGAAUAUAUGAGAAUGUUUUUUCAGUCAGUGACACAGGCGGCUCGAAAGGAAACAUACUUCCAAUAAGAGUCGAACCCAUAACUUUCUGGUUACUAGAGUCCAGAAUCUGCACUAAUAACCAAAAGGUAGCUUAUGUACAGGCCCCCCCCUUCCCCCUCCUCCCUCAAGAAAACUCGGAGAACGCGGUCAAUCAGUCUAAAAUCCUUCUCCGAUUUUUCCUGAGGCGAGGGGAGGUCUGUACACAGGCUACCAGAGGGUCCUUAGGUUUGAGUCCUAUUGGGAGUACUCAGAUUUUUUCUUCCAAGCUGCCUGUGUCACUGACUAAAAAAGAAACAUCUUCCUCGUUAUGAACCUUGUGUCAUAUCGGGUCUUAUCAUGGCACAAAGAUCCCCUGGGAACAGACCAACAGUAGCCUGUUCACAGACCCUAUAUUUCCUCUUUAGAGAUCGUCGAGCGCGCGUAUUAACACAAAAACCGCCGGGGAUUUUUUGACCGCUAGCGAAACGGGGUUGGUGUGGGGGAAAAGAUUGCCUGGUCCCUAGGUCUCAUGAUUGCGCACGGCCGAUGCGUUUCGGGUCACGUGGUCCGAGCGAGCCGUUCGUCUCGGAUACGUCAUCGAAAUGCAUUGACCGAGGGACUAGGCAAUGGAAAAGAGCUUUAGACUUUCUUCUUAUUUCUCGCGCUCCCCCCUUGUUCUCUCGCUCUCGCUCGCUCGCUUCGUUCGCGUGCUCGUCGAUUGUCGAAAAAAAAAAGAAAACAACAUAUUUGUACAGGCUAGACCAAUAGUUCUUGUUAUGUCUCACUGCAGGUUUCACUAAUCUAAACGCUUCUCAGAGCCUUGUCGGGUAUCUCCAAGUAAGUGGACUAAAGUUCUACAGAGAUCUCUGCCCCCCGGAAAAAAGGAAUGAAUGGUUGAGCAAUUUUGCAAGUAAGCAAGAUUACAAGGUCUACACGUGA